AUGGGUUCUACAGAAUCGCAGAAAGGAGAGUGGACUCCGGGGACUGUCCUCUCAACACUCCCUCACCCCAUAGAGGAAAACAGCUCCUCCCCGAUACCAUUUUUCCAUCUCUUGGAGCGCCUCAAGACCACAAAGCGCGAAGGAUGGCGCCGCUUCGGCCUUGACCGCGCAGAGUCUAUCUCUGAUCACAUGUAUCGCAUGGCAAUAAUCACCAUGCUCGCACCGCCCUCUCUCUCUUCCAAACUCAAUAUCCCGCACUGCACAAAAAUGGCUUUGAUUCAUGACAUGGCCGAAUCCCUCGUCGGCGACAUCACCCCCGUCGACAAAUCCGUGACAAAGGCCGAAAAGGCACGCCGCGAAGCCGCUACCAUGGAUUAUAUUGAACAGUCAUUAUUGAGCGGCGUACCCGGCGGCACCAUAUCAGGUCCCGAGAUCCGUCGCAUCUUCCAGGAAUAUGAGGAUAGCGAGACGUUGGAAUCAAAGUUCGUGCAUGACGUGGAUAAGAUUGAGCUGUUGUUGCAAAUGGUCGAGUAUGAACGGGAACAUGGCAGAGAUCUUUCGGAGUUUGCGCAUGUUGCCAAUCGAAUCACACUGCCAGAGGUGAAGGAGUGGGCCGAUGCGAUUAUGAAGGAGCGCAAGCAUGUGUCGCAGAACCAGUCUUGA